AUGAAGGCACUCGUCCUCACGACGGCGAAGCGGCAGGCUGUGGUCGAGGAGAUUCCCCGCCCCACGCCCGGGCCGGGUGAGGUCCUCAUCCGCGUGCGGGCCGUUGCGCUCAACCCCGUCGACGAGCUAUACGUGUCGAACCCGAUUGCGACUCAGGAGAAGCGUGUCGUUGGCACCGACUUUGCCGGUGUUGUCGAGGGCGCGGGCUCGGACCUUGCCGACUCCUCCGACCCCAGGACGCGGCCCGGGACUCGCGUUGCUGGGUUCCUUCAAGGAGGUGCGACUACCCUGAUCUUUCUGUUGUCUGGACUGAUGGGCCGCUUCAUGAAUUGGCCGCCUACCUGCUCUACCAAUGACCGUCCUGGCGCCUUUGCCGAAUACAUCGUUGCUCCGCACGAUCUCAUCUGGCAGGUCCCCGCCAGUCUGUCGUUCGAGGCAGCGUCAGCGGUCAGCAUGUGCGGACUGACUGCCGCCCAAGGUCUCUUCCCGCGACUCGGCCUCCCAAGUCCGUUCGGUAACCUCGGCGGCACCCCAAGCCAGGAUACCCUGAACGUGUUUCUCUACGGCUCUUCGACCUCCCUCGGCCUCUACGCUGCUCAAUUUGUCCACCUCUCGGCGUCCGUGUCCGGGCAGCGCAUUCGCCUCAUCGGCGCGGCCAGUGCCUCUAAGCACGACUUUCUGCGCGCGAAGCCGUAUAGCUACGAUGUUCUCGUCGACUACCGCGAUCCUGACUGGGUAGACAAGGUCAAGGCCGCGACAGGCGGCAAGGGCGCGGACCUGGCCAUGGAUUGCAUCUCGGAGCAGCCCACCAUUUACAGGACCGCCGAAGCUCUCCAUUCAUCUGGAAAGCUCGCAGUGUUCCGCGGCCCUGCUGGAGGGGGCUACGACCUCGCACAGGUCUGUGUGAAGCCCAUUUACGGCGCGGUAUGGGAGGGACUCGGAGUCGAGAUUGGCUACAAUGCUGGCAUCAUUCCUGCGAGCCCAAAGGCGAGGGAGUUCGCUACCCACUUCUUCAACUUCCUCAGCUCUCAGGCCAAGGAGGACAAGGUGGUGCUUGAGCCGAACCCCGUGAGAGCUAUGCCCGGCGGGCUUGAAAGGAUCGUCCCGGAUGGAUUCGCGCUGCUCGGCUCGGGGUCAGUGACGUCAAGAACGACUCUCAAGCGAGAUGAGCCUUACAUGAAGCCCAUCAGCGGCGAAAAGGUGGUUUACAGUAUUUAG